CUUUCCGACAAGUUGGCAGCAACAACACGGCCCUGGUCGUCGUCGCCGCUGCGGUAACGGAGCGGCUCGGGUGGCGGAGCCCGUGUUCGCGUCCGCCCGGCCGCCCGGCCGCCGUCCUCCCGAGGCCCUUCCCGCGCCGCGCUCCGCUCCGCGGCCGUCCCCGGGGCAGGAGCGCGUGACCGGAGCCGGCGCCCGCGAGCGAGGCCCCCCGCGGCGGGGCGGCUCCGGAGCUCCAGCGGCCCGGCCGGCGCGGUCCGCGGCGCGGUGGGGAGAGGGGGCCGCCUGGGCCGGACGCCGCGGGCGAGGCCCGGGAAGCAACAGCGAGGCGAGGCGCGCCGCGGCGCGGAGCCCAGGUCAUCCUGCUCACCAGAUGUCUUGACAGUUUUUCUUGCAACAUUGGCCAUUGGUUUUCACUGCCUUCAAAAGAUCAGAAUUACUCCAGAAAUUGGAGAGUUUGAUUUAAAAGAAAAAACUUGAACAAAUGGACAAUAUGUCUAUAACAAACACACCAACAAGUAAUGAUGCCUGUCUGAGCAUUGUGCAUAGUUUGAUGUGUCACAGACAGGGCGGGGAGAGUGAAACGUUUGCAAAAAGAGCGAUUGAGAGUUUGGUAAAGAAGCUGAAGGAGAAAAAAGAUGAGCUGGACUCUUUAAUAACAGCUAUAACUACCAACGGCGCUCAUCCCAGCAAAUGUGUCACCAUACAGAGGACAUUGGACGGACGGCUGCAGGUGGCUGGUCGGAAAGGAUUCCCUCAUGUGAUCUACGCCCGUCUGUGGAGGUGGCCUGAUCUACACAAGAAUGAACUGAAGCAUGUUAAAUAUUGUCAGUAUGCGUUUGACUUAAAAUGUGACAGUGUCUGUGUGAAUCCAUAUCACUAUGAGCGGGUUGUCUCCCCUGGAAUUGAUCUCUCAGGAUUAACACUGCAGAGUAAUGCUCCAAGUAUGUUAGUGAAGGAUGAGUACGUUCAUGACUUUGAAGGACAGCCGUCCUUACCCACUGAAGGACAUUCGAUUCAAACCAUCCAACACCCGCCAAGUAAUCGGGCAUCAACGGAGACAUACAGCGCCCCGGCUCUGUUAGCCCCGGCAGAGUCUAACGCCACCAGCACCACCAACUUCCCCAACAUUCCUGUGGCUUCCACAAGUCAGCCGGCCAGUAUUCUGGCGGGCAGCCAUAGUGAAGGACUGUUGCAGAUAGCUUCAGGGCCUCAGCCAGGACAGCAGCAGAAUGGAUUUACUGCUCAGCCAGCUACUUACCAUCAUAACAGCACUACCACCUGGACUGGAAGUAGGACUGCACCAUACACACCUAAUUUGCCUCACCACCAAAACGGCCAUCUUCAGCACCACCCGCCUAUGCCGCCCCAUCCUGGACAUUACUGGCCAGUUCACAAUGAGCUUGCAUUCCAGCCUCCCAUUUCCAAUCAUCCUGCUCCUGAGUACUGGUGUUCCAUUGCUUACUUUGAAAUGGAUGUUCAGGUAGGAGAGACGUUUAAGGUCCCUUCAAGCUGCCCUGUUGUGACUGUGGAUGGCUAUGUGGAUCCUUCAGGAGGAGAUCGCUUUUGCUUGGGUCAACUCUCCAAUGUCCACAGGACAGAAGCGAUUGAGAGAGCGAGGUUGCACAUAGGCAAAGGAGUGCAGUUGGAAUGUAAAGGUGAAGGUGACGUUUGGGUCAGGUGCCUUAGUGACCACGCGGUCUUUGUACAGAGUUACUACCUGGACAGAGAAGCUGGCCGAGCACCUGGCGACGCUGUUCAUAAGAUCUACCCAAGCGCGUAUAUAAAGGUCUUUGAUCUGCGGCAGUGUCACCGGCAGAUGCAGCAACAGGCGGCCACUGCGCAAGCUGCAGCUGCUGCUCAGGCGGCGGCCGUGGCAGGGAACAUCCCUGGCCCUGGGUCCGUGGGUGGAAUAGCCCCAGCCAUCAGUCUGUCUGCUGCUGCUGGCAUCGGUGUGGAUGACCUCCGGCGCUUGUGCAUUCUCAGGAUGAGCUUUGUGAAGGGCUGGGGCCCAGACUACCCGAGGCAGAGCAUCAAGGAAACCCCGUGCUGGAUUGAGAUUCACCUCCACCGAGCUCUGCAGCUCUUGGAUGAAGUCCUGCACACCAUGCCCAUUGCGGACCCACAGCCUUUAGACUGAGAUCUCACACCACGGACGCCCUAACCAUUUCCAGGAUGGUGGACUAUGAAAUAUACUCGUGUUUAUAAUCUGAAGAUCUAUUGCAUUUUGUUCUGCUCUGUCUUUUCAUAAAGGGUUGAGAGAUGUGUUUGCUGCCUUGCUCUUAGCAGACAGAAACUGAAUUAAAACUUCUUUUCUAUUUUAGAACUUUCAGGUGUGGCUCAGAGCUUGAAGAUCAGGAAGACGCAGUUCUUACUAAAUCUUCCCUGGUGGCUCUGUAUGGAGGAGUCAGCCAGUGCUGGGAACUCAGCCCUUUAGUGUGUGCGAGCGAGCGCCUUCCCUGCAGAGGAAAGUCUGAGCUGCUGAUUAUAAGGCUGAGAAGUUCUCAAGGUUAAGUCACCUGUUCUUAGUGGGCGAGUUAUUGUUAAACAUACCGUGCUCACGUGGCGUGUGGGCGAGCCAGUUCUACCAAGAGCAACUUUACUCUCCUUUAAAAACCUUUUAUCAACCUUUUAUUCAGAAUGUUUUUUGCAAGUGAAACAGUGAAGGUGAAUUAAAUUCAUACUGUCUUGCAGACUUCAGGGUUUCUUCCCCAAGACAAAACACUAACCUGUGUGCAUAUUGACAGUUCCUUACAGUCAUCAGUCAAAGAAACGCCAUUUAAAAGUACAAUGGUUUUAUCCCUAAGGAUGACCACUAUCAAGAUGUAUACUUUGCCCUGUUAAACAGUAAAUGAAUUCUUCUAUAUUUCUAGGCACAAGGUUAGUUAUUAAAAAAAAAAAAAAAAAGCCUAGGGGAGGAAUUUUUCCCUUAAUUCCUAGGGAGAAGGUUUUGUAUUUAUAAAACACUAAAAGCAGUGUUGCUCUGCCUGCUGCUUCACUGUUCUGCAAGGUGGCAGUGCUUCAACUGAAAUAAUGAAUAUUUUGGAAACUGCUAAAUUCUAUGUUAAAUACUGUGCAGAAUAAUGGAAACAGUGCAGUUGGUAACAGGUGGUUUGGAUAUUUUUGUACUUGAUUUGAUGUGUGACUUCUUUUCAUAUACUGUUAAAAUCAUGUAUGUUUUGACAUUGUUUAAAAUUCAGUUUUUGUAUCUUGGGGCAAGACUGCAAACUUUUUAUACCUUUUGGUUAUAAGCCCUGUGUUUGCCAUCCUUGAUCACUUGGCGGUGACUUUGUGG